AUGGAGUGCCUGGGAGAUCAAGUUUCCAGUGGCAGACGUCGAGCGACAGCGACCCCAGGGGCCGGGGGAUCCAGUGUGACACGGAGAUUGCGCAACGGGGGGGAUCUGGUGAGAGAGAUCGAGCGACACGGGAAGCCGGCGACGGUACGUCCAGUCGCGGGGAGAUCCAGUGAUCAAGAAGAAUCCCAGACGCUGGGAGAUCGAGGGAAGGGAGAUCCAGUGACAGAGUGCUCCGGGCAGGGGGUGGGAGCAAUUCAGCGGCCAGAGAUCGAGCGACAUCCGGGCACGGGGGAGACCGAGCGGCGUGGCGAUCCAGUGAGAGGGAUCGAAGAGAGAGAAGAGGUAUCUGUGAGGGAACAACGCCCAGUGAUUACAUGUGAUGCGGGUUCUCCCGGGGUGGAAAUUCAAGCUUCGUGCUGCCACACUUCGGGGACGGAUUCAAUCUGCAGCAAGGUGGCAACGGUGAAGAGUGUUCUGGCAGAGCUGAAGCUGCGUGUGUUUGAGGUGACAGACGAGAAAGCCACACUUGAUGGCAGCGAUGUCUUCUUUACAGGCCGCGAGUUCUUUGUUGGGAUCUCCAAGUGGACCAAUCACAAAGGAGCGGAGUAUGUGGCAGAGGCAUUCAAGGAUUUCACAGUCUCCAUUGUGCACAUUCCCGAACCCCAUCAUUUGAAAAGUUUCUGCAGCAUGGGUGGACCCAGCACUAUUAUCAUAGGGAACAGUGAGGCUGCUCGAAAGGCAAUCAAGGCGAUGGAGCAGCUAACGGACUAUCAGUACGACAAACUGAGUGUACCAGAUGAUGCUGCGGCCAAUUGCAUCUAUGCACGUGUUGGCAACAAAUGCAACGUCCUGGUCCAUCGGACAGUGGAUGAGUUUCCGGAAAGUUCCAAGGCCUUCAAAAAGCUUUCAGAAUACACAUUGAUCCCUGCCUCCUGCACAGAAGUGGCUAAACUGGGAGCAUCCCUGAGCUCCUGUUCCAUUUUAAUCAAUAAGAAGUUUGAGUAUUAGAGUCAACUUGGGAGGGUGUGAGGGAGGGGGAGUUGUGGAAGAAGGGGAGUGGUAUUUAAUCCACACCUGCCUUAAUUCUAUGGUGGCAUACAAUAGAAACAACUCUGAUUUGACGGAUAUGCGAGGGAUGUACUGGAUUUUUUUGGAUCGGGAACAAAACUGCCUCAACCCAAUCCGAGAAGUGAGGUGGGCUUCUUCUAUGGGGCUAGAGACCGAGAGCUCAUCUUCAAUGUAGACAGGACUCGACCUGCGGAACAAAGCUGCUGUUUCAUGAUGGUGGGUUUACCUACGACACCUAGGGGUGAAACAUCGGUAUUAAUGUAGCUCUAAUUUGAGGAGCAAGAUUUUUUUUUGUCUCCAGGUCCAACCCAGUGCCUCAUAUAGGGGCUAGUCACCCUCUCAGAACAAUUCCUGAAACCCUGCCUUCCUUUCACGUUUGGAUUCCCUCCGUGUGUGCUUUUCCAGGAUUUUUUGAUUUCCGACGAAUCUUUGCUUUCAGUAGGUGUCUGUCUCUAAUCCUGUGCAACACACCCUAGAUCAGACUUCCAUCUUUUAUAUUCCACCUCCUUCCCUCUCAUCCCAGUUUUCUCUCAACUGUUUGGUUCUUCCAGAACAAAGUAACUAGGGCUCCAUCAAGUCUGCCUUUUUUUUUCAGUUUUGUUAUUCAUUUUCUAGCCUGCAACUGGUUGGGCGAAAUCUGGAAUAAACAUGCGAGGAGGAAGAGGCAAAAUGUCAAAUUCCUCAAACUCGGAGUCAUCCCAAACCCAGCUGUGGUCAAACCCACUGUGACUUAAUCCAGCGUCGAAACUAAAUGCGCAGUAGUUCACAGUUAAUAUUGUCCUCUACUGUUCUAGAAAAUUAUUGAGAAACACGGCAGCCUUCAUUUAAAAAAAAGUAUUAAUCGUUCACUAGUUGGCUAAAAUCAUUGAUUUUCUGUUUGAACAACGUUUUUAAAAAGCACAUAACUCGGGAAUGUCACCUUACGUCAAUUUGUGCCUUUGGAAUUUUUAAAAGAUUUUCUCAAAACCAGAGCUGAGAGAAGGAUCCUCGUUCUGCUUAGUUCCUAUAGGGAGUAUCUUUGCUGAUCAGUUGAGUAUCUGUGUCCACCUCACUAUUUGAACACUGAUUUGUUUUAACCAGGGUAGAUCCAGUGCUAAAGAUACCUUGAUCCAUCUGCAUCUAUAGGCAGAUGAGAGGUGAGAGAGAUUUGCGCUUUGAAAUGCUGGUCCAGUAGAAAGAGGCAAUUAGUUCUUCGGACUGCAUUGCAAAUUUUUGCCCCUAUUGAGUAUUUAACUUCAAGCGGGUGCUUGGCCAUGCAAACUGGUUUGAAUGGAAUAAUGGGGUAGUUCCAGGAACACACAAUGCCGGUUUUACACUCGGUGGCCAAUUUGAAAACGUACUCCUAUUAUCCCGCGCGCAAAGAGGGCUUCAAUCUGGGGUUAAAAAGGAUUUUUUGAAAAAAUGCUGUCCACUGCCGCUUGCCUCUGACCCUUGGUGUUCUAGCGUUUUUGUCUUGCGCAACAGCACCGUCUAGAGUUCAAAAAAUGAUAUUACAGAAGCAUACUUCCAGUUGCCUUGCUCCUUUAGGGUCCUUAAAACAAACAGGGAGUUCUGCUUUUGUUUUUGUUUUAAGUGUCACUGCCGACAAAGUAAUUAAAAUCCGAGGAAAGUUCAUUUUGAUGAGAUUAAUUCGGACAGACAGCGCAUGUCUCUGUGUUGUAAGAUACACAAAACCAUAAUCUGGACAACAUGUAAUUGAAAACAUUCUUCACUUCGCUUUUAAAUACUGAUACUGAAGGUUUUUCUCGUGCUGAGAAAUUUAACUGUGUGCAGUAUAAAUGGAGCCCUUUUUUUUUGAGAGAAAAAUAUUUGCAGCGACAGUCAUACAGGUCUUGUGCUAUGUUAUGUGUCAAGGCGGGAGUUUCACUUUCGCGCCGCAGCCUUGAGUGGCCAAUUGCUUGGGCAGUCAGGCCAAAGCCCCUGCCUAUUGAUUGCCUGGCGGUUUUGCAAGGAACACAUACUUGGUCUUUCCUGCAAGUUUGAGUGGGAACCCUGGAUCCAUCUAUUGUUCCCCAAACCUUAAUGACAAUGAGUCAAUUUGGCCAAUUGCAGAGCUCUCAACUUCUGUCCUGGCUGAAAUAUUUAGGGUGGAUAUUGAGAGUCUAUGUGUGUGUCCUCUGUCUUCCACCCUCCUAUUCCACUUUCUCCAGCCAAGGUGUGUGCACUACCUAUAGUUUAGUGAAUAGCAGUCCAAUAUAACAAUUUAGUUUAUCCAUGCCUCUGCCUUUCAUGCAGCCUAAUCCACUUCCAGUGUGUUACCUCCUCUCUCCCCAGAUUGGGAGUGGAAGAAGAGCCAGAUCACUUGGUGCUUUUAUUCUGAUGCCUAAAAUUCACCUUUUGUACCGUGUCUCCUUUGUAAGCAAAUCUUCUGAUUUAAUAAAAUUGAGAAUCGGCUUCAGUUA